AUGAUUCAAUAGUCUAUUUUAGAAAACAAUAAAUCUAUUUUUUAAAAUAGAGCCAAGUAUAUUCUUAUUGUUAUACAUUCAGGAUUGAACAUUCUUCAAUAUUCUAUAUGCUUGAGUUUGCUAAAUACCUUAGUUGGAGAUUUACCUCAAAUAUUAGAUUGGAGUAAUGAAAACAAAAGCUUUUUAACAGGGUUGGUCAAUUCAUCAAAUACAGCUGGUGCAGCAAUGGGAAGUAUCAGUUCUGGAUAUUUUAGCGCUAGCUAUGGAAGAAGAAAUAUGUUUAUAUUUGGAGAUUUAAUGUGCAUUUUUGGCUCAGCAAUCGGUUUAAUAUAAAAUACAUACUCAUUUAUUUUAGGAAGAUUCAUAUGUGGAGUUGGAAUGGGAGUGUUAGUAAAUUUAGUAACUUUGUUUGUUAUGGAAUGGACUCAUUACAAAUAUAGAGGAUAUGCAGGAGCGCCUAUGGUUUGCUUUACUCCAUUAGGAAUGAUAAUAUCUAGUUUAGUGGGGCUAGGAAUAAAAGACGGUGGGUAGAAUUAUUGGAGGAUUAUGGUUUCUUUCCCUGGCAUACUAAGCUUGAUUCAUAUUUUGGGAUAUAUUUUUAUGAUUAAAUCUGAUUCACCUUUUCAGAUAUUUCAAAAACAUAGAGAUUCCCAUCGAGCAUUAUCGUCUUUAAACACAAUUUAUAACAGUGAAACUAGUGAAGAUAUUUUAAAUAAAAUUAUCGAAUCGAUUGAGUCAAGAGAAUAAAAAAACGAUAGCAAAAAAUUACUUACUAUUUCUGAAAUGUUUAGCAUAAAAAGUUAUAGGAUUAGAAUGAUUGUGUGUGCUUUAUGCGCUUUAAGUGUAAAUUUUUCUGGAUACUUUAUAAUAUCUAUUUACACAAAUAAAAUAAUUACAAAUAACAAUAGCAAUGAUAAUAAUCAAGCAACGUUAUUUUCAAUUUACACUAAUAUUGCUGAAUUAAUUUCUGUAGCUGCUGCAACAAUAUAUGUAGAAAGAAUAGGUAGAAAAUUUAUAUUUUUAUCAGGUAUUUUGUUUGCAAUGAUUAUGCUCAUAAUUAUUGGCUUUUUAGCUUAAUAUAGCUAUGAUUAAUAUAUUCCUUAUAUUCUAAUUUUUUUUAAAAUUGGAUUUGGGACUACUAUUUCACCACUUUAUCCAAUAAUAAUUUCUGAAACAAUAGUUGAUAUAGGCUAUAUCAUUAACAGUUUAAUCUUUUGGACAAUAAAUACUUCUAUUGUUUAAACAUAUCCAAUCCUAAUAGAAACUUAACUAGGAUUUUAAGGUAUUUUUUGGCUUUUUUCUGGAAUAUUAAUGAUUUGUUUCAUAAGUCUAUUUGUUUUGAUGAAGGAAACAAAAGGUUUGACUUUGAAAGAAAUACAUUUUCUUUAUAGACAAAGUAAUAACUCAAAUUUAUAAUCAGGAUACAGUGAUAGCAUUGUGUGUGAUAAAUAAAUUCUAAUUGACAAAGAAGAUGAUAGAAAUUUAGAAAAUUAAAAUUGA